AUGAAACAAAUCGUAUUUCUACUGUGUUUAGUGGCAGUGACCAGUAUUCGAGCAGGUGCAGGUCCCCCGACCCCAGAGCCGGAACAAAUCCGAACAGCUCUACCCUGGCUAUAUCUUUUGACAUAUGCGGCAGCCCAGCCGCAGGUCCCUAUCCGCAGACCGCAAGAUGAGACGUUUACCGGCACAAACAGUGCGAUCAUGAAGCAACCCCAGUCCGAUGAGUUGGCGAACUCUCAACAGACAAGCGAUUUGGUACGCGAGCAAUUCCUGCAAGGAAUUCUACAGGGAUUACAGCAGUCAGGGGCUGAGGCGAGUGCACCUACAAUUUCACCCGCUUUGCUGGCAGACUUUAUUGCACAGGCCACCACAACAACGCAAAAACCGGCGGUUGAGAAAGAUUUGACUGGGGCCGAUAACGAUGAGGACUACGACUACAUAGACUUUAAGAACGGAUCUCGCAUUAAAUAUGAGUUGGACGAGGGUGAGCAGCCGGUAAACAAAAUUCUUCAGGCGACUACAAGCCGUUCAGUUACAAAUCGACCUCAAAGCUUUGCCAGUGCCGUCUAUUAUAGACCUCCAACUAGAUACGUAUACUAUAGACCUAUUUAUACCCCUUCUUUAUAUUACAACCGAGUUGGCUAA